AUGUCUUCGAACCUUGCAUCGCUGCUGCGAAACUCAAAAAUUGCACAGGUACCAAAAUCGAGGCACCAACUUGCUUCCGGAGGUGUUAAGAUUGCGCCUACACAUCAGAUUAUCGAAAAUAAACCUUCGACUUUGCAUCGUCAAGAAUGGGGUCUCAAAGCGGCUCUACCAAGCAAAGUGACUUCCAGGUACAUAGUGUACGACGACUUGGACACUUUGGAGCGACUCACAACCUUCGAGGCCACCGGCGGGUCCCAGUGGAACAGAUUGAGAUUCCAAGAACUCGGUGUCGCUCCAAAAUAUAAUCCUGGCAAGGCAAACCCGCUCUUCGAGGGUCAGUCGUCAUCCAAAAGUCAAUUUGUUCCGCUCAGCUCGCUGUUGGACAUCGACAGUUCGUCGUCAAAGGCGGAAAUCAGGGCUAAAUUGUCACAGAUCAAGGAUCUGCGUGGACCUUUCAGGAAAUGGCUCCUCGAAAGGGACCCAGAAGCGCUUAAAAACAAGAAUUUCAAUGCUAGAGACAUGGGCGAAAACGCUGUGGUGUUUUUGACCGAGACCGUCAGCCAUGCGGCCGAACCAGACUCCAGGUCGCUUAGAAAAAUUGUCGGCGCAGGAGGCUUGACUUACAGCUUGAAUGGCAGGUUAAGACAGUCGCCAAACGGGGUCAUCUCCAAGACGAUUAUUCCAGGUAGGUUUUUGAAUGUCGAAGGUAACGACAGACUUGCCGCUAUCGGUGGGUUCGUCGCCAACGCGGGUUCAUCUUCCGUAAACACGUCCCAAGCAGACUACAAUAUGGGCGAUUUCGUGCGAGAACUCAAAAUUCCCUUCUCGAUAAGUCACGCCUCUGUACUCGAGAGUGGGAAAGUUGUUUUGCGCGCCAACGUUGUGAGCGGAAUUAGUUCGAGAGCCAGAAUGCAAAUGAACAACAGAAGUCAUCACCAAAGACAACCACGCCGGCCCGCGCCUCGCUCCAUGUCGGCAGAGGACUCCAGCAAGCAUGCCGAAGAGUUGCUGAACAUACUGACGAACUUUGAUUCCGGAAAGAAGAAGAAUUGA